GCGGAAAUUAACAAUUUGUAUGUAUGUUCAUGCCAAGAGAAAUAAAAAUGUCAAGAUUGAGCAUCUCAUUUGUUUUAUUAUUAGGAAUUCUUUUAUCGGGGAAAUUGAGAUUCUCACUAUGCGAUGCAACGCUUAAAUGUUCAAAACCGGAACCGAAUGACAAGUGUUGGAAGCUCCUAAUUCAAUACGUUCAAGCAGACAGAAAUGAUGGGCGUGUUCCACCGCCCACCAGUCCCUUUCCGGACUGUUGCCCGGAUGUUAGAAAUUUGGGAGAAGAAUGCUUUUGGUAUUGGGUGGAUCACGAGAAUGGCAAAUUGGGAUAUCAUAACUAUGAUGUGGAAGUCGUCUAUUUCCGGACUAUUGAUGCCUGGAGUUCUUGUCAAGAAAUGCCAAGUCUCACAAAUGUAUGAAAUAUCAAAUUGAAAUAGUAAUAUAUAAUGCCGGUUUAUCUCUAUAAUGAACAAUCUUAACUAUAGAUCCUAUUGCAUGGUUUGAAAGAUUGCGGUGGGGAGAAAUUAAAGAAAGUCGCAAAUUAAAUUCUUAAAAGGAAGAGCGACUACGUUAUUUGGACAAUCAAUAACGACGAGAUGACAAAGUUAUAAUUUAUAGAAUUCAAGUUAGAAUUUUAUUUGUGAAAAGGAAUGGAGUCUUUACUUGUGUGUAGAGUUUGGGUAGGGAUAGAAUCGGGCGGAUAACAUAUUAAACUUGUUCAAUCUUCAGAUGAAAAUAGUAUAAUAUGAAAUAUAAUGUUGUUGAAAUUAAAAG